AUGUAAUUAAUAUCUGGGUAGAAGCCUAGCCGCGGGCGGCCGCGCCACAUGCACUUUCCCUUUUCUCCAAGCAAUUCAAUCCCUCCGAUCACUGAGUUCUGUCUGAAUUGCGCACUAGAAUCACUUGAAUCAUCUCGUCAGGUGCUCUGAUCCUGACAGACCCGUGGUCCGCCAUCACCGUAGGCGAGAGUUAGGGCGUGGACAACCGCCGAAGGCAAUGGCGGCGGAGGCCGAGGCCGAGGAGGAGGUGAGGCUGGAGGUGGAGGCGGUGGUGGCGGUGUACGGAGAGGACUGCCGUGUGUACUGCGACUUCCCUCCCCACCUUGUCGUCCACGUUCGCCCCAACACUGCCGACGACUCCUCGCAGCAGUUUGUGGAACUCUUCCUUGGAAUUAAAGCAUCCUCCCAGUAUCCAAAAGAACCACCUCAUGUUUAUGCUGUGGAAAGUAAGGGCCUUGAUGAGAAUAGACAGGCAUAUCUUAUUAGCAGUAUCCAAGACAAGGCAAAAGAGCUUUCCUACUACCCAAUGCUUGUGACUCUGUGUGAGGAAGCUGGAGAGAUCCUCUCGAAUAUGAAUCAUCCAGCCGGGGAUUGUCCACUGUGUCUGUAUCCUUUAGUCUCGGAGAAUAAUCAUGAUUCUGCUUUGCCAUUUAUGAAGUUGAUGUCAUGCUACCACUGUUUUCACAGUGAUUGCAUUAUGAGAUGGUGGGGAUGGCUCCAGCAUGAUGAUGCCAAUUCUAAGAAGAUAGACACAACAAUAUCUACCGGAGAAGAAUUGAGAUUGUCCAACUCAGACAAGCUAUAUAAUGCAAAUCAUCACAAAGGAUUUUGUCCAGUUUGCCGCAAAGUGUUUGAUGAAAAGGAUAUUGAGCAUGUUCGUGAUCUGUUGGAUGCAAACACUUCUCAGCUGAUGGUAUGUGGCGGAUACGACUCAAAUGCGUGUUUAACAGUUGACCUGGGAGAAGAUGAUAAAGAGUUACUCCAUUCCGAGGCAGAGAAGAAGAGGAGAGAAAAAAUUGGGUCAUUGUUUAAUCUGCAACAAGAACGGAAUGGUUUAAUUGAACCAAAGAAAGACCUUGCCAUACAGCCCGGAAUGUAUGUUUCUCUUCCUGCUAUUGAGCCAACUACAAGUGCAGGAGACAGCACCAAUUCUUGGGAAGCAACCGCAAGCUCAACUUCAGUAACAGAUCCACCCGUCACGGCAAACAUCAGCGGCGGCGGCAAGAAGCAAAACAACUCAGGUCCUCCAAGGAGGAACCGAGCUUAUGCUCCCAGAAAACAGCCUCAUGGCCAACGUGCUGGGAAACAGUGGCAGAGAAGCCAGCCCGCUAGGCAACAGUGGCAGAAGAAAGACGCAGAAACUUGACAAUAGCAUUUUUGCAGCUCUGUUUUAUCAAACAUGUAUAUUGACGGAGAGUACGGUUGUUAAACAAAAGGGUGACAACUCAUUAGAACGCAGACAUGCCAGAACA